CGCUGCUAUGAUACGUCUGCAGGAAUUCGUGAUUGUAAUAAAAGUUUGGGGUGUUGUUCAGGGGUGGGUCUCGGAGUAAGGGGUAAGCUCGUAGCGGGACUUGUACAGACAUGGCUUCGGUAGACUACGUGGGUGCCUCCCGCCCGGUUUUGAAGAAGGAACCCGGUGCGGUUGAGGUCGGUUUGACCACCGGAGGGAUAGCUGGUUUUCGCCUGGAAGUCUUCGGUUCGCCACAACCUGUAAUGCGAUGGACUCCCGGUUCUGGUCAGAAGACAGGCGGGGCCGGUUAUUCCUCUCCAGACCAGAGCGCCACCGCCCCCUACAGCAAGUCCGUGUGGCGGCGGUACCGUACCAUCAGCGGGCCUCCCUCUGGGACAUACAGGCCCCCGCCCCCGCCGGAACCUAACCGCAUGCCCGGGCUCGGCAAGGGGUACGGACAGAUGAUUUCAGGCAAAGACUACGACUCGUACGACUACGGAGCCUACAAUGCCUGGUUGGCGGACAGGUACCAGUACCAGUGGUCCCGGGACUACUCGCACCACGGCCCGCCUGACGCCCACCCCCGCUGGCGCAGCAGCCGCAAGGACGUCUGGAUGGACGAGAAGGUGCCCUCCAGCGUGCCUGUGCGACAACAGAUUCUCGAGACCCAGGACGAGAUUGACCGCUCCUACACGUACGAGUGGAAGCGUUACCUGGAGUCGACGUGCCACGCCACCCCGCGGGGCCGAGACUACAGCUGGAUGCACGAGAGUCCCCGCACGGCUACCCGCCAGGCCCUGAUGGACCACCCCGCCACCUUCCUGCACCGACCCCGCCCCAAGUGUAUCGUGGUGCAGGGUAACGAGGCGUACUUCACCUGCGCUGUGGACGGCAGUCCCGAGCCCACGAUAGAGUGGCAGAAGGAAGAUCAACCUAUAAAGAUUGACGGUGAGAAGUACAAGGUGAACCUGGCGCAGGGCGUGUGUACGCUGUACGUCAGGGAGUGUGACGUGGAUGACGCAGGAACGUACACAGCUGUCGUCACAAACCAGCUCGGCUCGUCCAGCUCCAACACUGUGCUACAGGUGGCAGAGUCUACCGACGAUUUGUGGGCGCAGCCUGACUGGUGCAUCAUGGGAGGCCUGGUAGGGAAGCCCAUGAAGAAGAAGGAGAAGAAGGAGGAACCCCCGCCUCCUCCUCCUCCCGAGCCCGAACCCGAGCCCCCGCGGGAACCCACCCCGCCGCCACCCGAGCCCGAGGAACCAAAGAGGACGGGGUCGCUGUUCGACGAGAAUCUGAGGAAAGAGUUUAUUGCCAAGGAACGGGAGGAAGCCAGGAUUGAGGUCACUUUUUCAGGGGACGUCCCGGAUGAGGUAGUCUGGGAACAGAUGGGUAAACUAGUGGCGGAGAGCAAGACUAAAGGAAUCAGUUUUGAAAGAGAUGGCAACACCUUCGCCCUAGUUAUCAAGGAUGCGACCUUGAAGGAUGCAGGCGAGUACGUGUGUGUUGCGAGAGAUAAGUGGGGAACAAACAAGCAGGCUUUCAGGCUCACGAUGAAAAAGGGUGGCGUUCGUAAGCUGGCCAAGCCUGAGUGGUUUCUGGUGCCGGAGUCUAUCACUGUUGCCAAGGGCUCCUCCGCUAAGUUCUACGCCGAGUUGGAUGCCGCACCGCCACCCACAGUUGAAUGGAUCCACAAGAAGAAAACGCUGAUGGGAGGAGGGCUGUACACGAUCGAGCACAAAGGCCGCGUGCACAAACUGGAGAUCGGGAAGGUGACAGAGCGCGAGGCUGGGGACUACAAGGUGGUCGCACACAACUCCAUGGGCACCAUCACCAGUGAGUUCAAACUCACGCUCAAGUGACGUCACUUCCGCUGACAAAUCGUCACUUCCGCUUCCGUUGACUAAUGGAAUUGCGCGCUGUAAAAUCCUCUUCCGUUUGAAAAAAAAUAGAGAGAAAUAACAGUCAUACUACACCGGGAAAUUUAACCGCGCUUUUAGUUUAACCGAUUGGCCUGUACGACAGCGAUAUAGCUUUGUAAAGCCGAUAGAACUGCGAAUUAGUUUAAGAAGAGGAAAACUGCAAAGAAAUGUUCCCUUGCGUAACGUGCAGGAAUUUAUACAGGUGUAUUCUGAACUAUUGUUUUUGUUAAGAUCGAUCUACAUACCAGCUCGACGUGUAUUACUAGUCGUGACUUUGGUAUGCCAUAUCGUUGAGUCUUUUCGGUGUUAGUUUAUAGACAAACAAGCAAACUUGGAUGAAAAGUGUAGACCAUAGAAUGUAUACUUGCUAUGGACAGCCAUUGUAACAGUAGAGGAAAAUUUAUCGU